AUGUUUGUUUCCUCUGGUCUAAGAUCCCUAAGAGGUGCCUCGGUAUUUUCUUCCAGUAUGUUCACGCGGUUUGCCAUAGCAUUGCUUCUUUUAUCGUUACUUGCUCAUUGGUUACUAAUACAAUUCCCAGAAUCUCCAUUCCAUUCAACUUCUACAUGGAAGCCAUUAUUCCCACAAUUAGCUAGAAGGAAAUCUUUCUUUUCUACAUCUUCGUCGUCCUAUUACUCGCAUAAUAACUACUCAAAUUCGACAAAUGCAAAUGGAUCAGAAGUCUCAUCAUCUCCACUCAAUUAUAAAACGUUCGUUGCAUAUCAACCAAAGGAUAGAGAUGAUCAAAUAUAUAAGAAUUUAAAAGAUUCUUUAAUGUCUCCUACGGGAGAAGAUAAUUUCUUCAUCGCUUCCAUUGAUUCUAACGACGUUUACGCCGGUGUAGCAGAUGGUGUAGGCGGUUGGGCAGAAAGAAACUAUGAUUCAAGCGCUAUCUCAAGAGAGCUUUGUAGAGCAAUGGACCAAUUAGCCACUGCGACUUUAGUAUCAUCUAAGAAUCAAAAAUACUCGGAUGUGAUUUCUCCUAAGGAUCUUAUGGAUGUUGCGUUUGAAAAAAUUCAAAAUGAUAAGAUUGUUGAAGUCGGUGGAACAACUUCUAUCGUGGCCCAUUUCCAAAAAAAUGGUACUUUAAAUGUAGCAAAUUUAGGUGAUUCAUGGUGUGGUGUGUUUAGAAAUUAUAAAUUAGUCUUUCAAACAAAGUUCCAAACUGUUGGAUUCAAUGCACCAUACCAAUUAUCAAUUAUUCCCAAACAUUUGCUUGAAGAAGCUCGUUUGAAGGGUACAUCGUACAUUAGAAAUACACCGGCUGAUGUAGAUGAGUAUUCUUUCCAAUUGUCCCAGAAUGAUAUUGUUAUUUUAGCUACUGAUGGUGUUACGGAUAAUAUCUCCACAGAUGAUAUAAGUUUAUUCUUAAAGGAUAACUCAGAGAAACUAUCAACUAGUAAAGAACUAAAUGCAAUGACGAAAGAUUUUGUUUCAAAAGUUGUCAACUUAAGUAAAGAUCCAGAUUAUCCAAGUGUAUUCUCUCAAGAAUAUUCAAGAUUAACUGGAAGGCUAUAUAAAGGUGGGAAGGAAGAUGAUAUUACAGUAGUUCUAGUCAAAGUGGAAUGA